AUGAGUUUCAUCAUUGAAAAAGAAUCUGACUUUAAAUAUAUUCAUCGUAUUUUAAAUACAAAUAUUGAUGGUAAAAGAAGAACUCCUAUUGCAUUAACAGGAAUCAGAGGUAUUGGAAGAAGAUUUGCUCAUUUAAUUUGCAAAGUAUUAAAAAUAGAUCCCAAUUCAAGAGCAGGAACCUUGACUGAAGAUUAAUGUAAUAGAAUCACAUAAGUAAUUAGUGACCCUGAAUCAUUCGGAAUUCCAUUAUGGUUACUUAAUAGAAUUAACGACUUUAAAGAUGGUAAAAAUUAUUAAUUAGCCUCCAAUACACUUGAUACUAAAAUAAGAGAAGAUUUAGAAAGGUUAAAAAAAAUUAAAUCUCACAGAGGUCUCAGACAUUUUUGGGGACUUAAAGUUAGAGGCUAACAUACCAAAACUACUGGACGUCAUGGAGUUACUAUUGGUGUUGUUAGAAAGAAAUGAAUAGCUUUUAUUUAUUUUUUUGUAAAAAAAUAACAUAGAUUUUAUAUUGAUUAUAUGUUUUUUUAUUAGUUUUUUAUUUUAUAUUAUUUAAAUAUUUUAAUCAUUUUUUUUUAUU